AGUGUCUUUCGCUCUCGCGAGAGUAGGCGCGAGUCCUGCCGGGAGGGAUGCACGGCCGUCCGUAGGCCAGCCCAAAAUGGCCGCCCUGGAGGAGGAAUUCACGUUGUCUACCGGAGUCCUGAGCGCCGGGCCUGAAGGACUCCUAGGCGUGGAGCAGAGCGACAAAGCAGACCAGUUCCUAGUGACCGACGGCGGCAGGACCGUCGUGCUCUACAAGGUUUCUGAUCAGAAACCCUUGGGGAGCUGGUCGGUGAAACAAGGGCAAAUUAUAACAUGUCCAGCUGUAUGCAACUUUCAAACGGGGGAGUAUAUUGUCGUACAUGAUAAUAAGGUUUUGAGAAUAUGGAAUAAUGAAGAUGUGAACCUGGAUAAAGUAUUCAAAGCCACGCUGUCAGCAGAAGUCCAUAGGAUCCACUCAAUACCAGGGGCAGAACCUUUGGUGCUCUUCAGCAGUGGUGCCAUUCGUGGUUUAGAGGCCUUGCUUGCAGAGCCUCAGCAGAAAAUCGAAACUCUUAUAUCUGAUGAAGAAGUGAUUAAGUGGUCAAAGUUUUUCAUGGUGUUUAAGCAUCCUGUUUUAAUUUUUCUUUUCUUUCAGCAUGAAAAUUAUUUUGUUUAUGUACAAAUGUGCAAAUCACAUAGCUUAAGCAAGUACACACUCUUACUUGGAAAAGAAGAAAAAUCUAUUACACCAAAGUUUACUGCGUAUGUGGAUCGGAAAUUCAUCUCUUUGAUGUCAUUAAGCUCUGAUGGAUGUAUAUAUGAAACCUUGAUACCAACAUAUUCAACUGACACAGAAAAAAAUCAGAGGUUAGUUAGAUCAUUGGUGCUCAAGGCUGUUGUGUCUGGUGGUGCUCGAAAUCGAACUACACUCACCAACCUGGAUCAAGACCAUGUGGCAGUCCUAGGACCUCCGCUACCAGCUUCCAAGGAAUGCCUCUCCAUAUGGAACAGAAAAUUUCAAACAUUACAGUCUUCAAAAGAGUUCCCACAAGGAACCAGUGGUCAACUCUGGUAUUAUGGGGAAAUAUUGUUUAUGCUGCAUGGAAAAUGUCUAACGGUAAUUCCAUACAAGUGUCAAGUGUCAUCAUUAGCAGGAGCCCUUGGAAAACUGAGGCAUAGUCAAGAUACAGGCACUUGCUCCAUGCCCCACUUUGUAAACUGGGAAAUGUGUGAGGGAUAUGAACUUGAAUCCCACAGUGCAGCGCAGUCAAGGAGAAUUCUAAGGAGAAAAAAGAUGGAAGCCAGUUUACAGCCAGAAGUUCCAGGAUCUGAACAACUUUUAUCGAUAAUAAAUAAAGACUCAGAAAAACACAUUGAAGUAGAGCUACGUAAAUUUUUGGCCACGUCAACCCCUGACUUUCAUACUUUACUUGGAGAUGUGAUAACAGGACUUCUGGGAAGAUGUAAAGCAGAGCCAUCCUUUUAUCCCCGGAACUGUCUGAUGCAGCUCAUCCAAACGCAUGUGCUUUCCUACAGCUUGUGCCCUGGCUUGAUGGAGAUUGCCUUAGAGCGCGCAGAUGUACAGAUGUUACAACUCUGCCUGCAGCAGUUCCCUGACAUUCCUGAGUCUGCGACCUGUGCCUGCUUAAAGCUCUUCUUAAGCAUUGGGGAUGACAGUCUGCAAGACAUGAGUGUCAGUAUGGAGUCAGUGUUUGAUUGUAGUGAUACCAUGCAAGAUGAGGAAAUGGAAGAGCAAACUGAAGUUGUUCAGAAUGGCUUCAGUCCCAAAGACAGUAACUGCAGUAACGAGAAUCAGGAGUUAAGUGAAAAGCCUGGAGCAGCAAAGACAGUCUCGUGCCCUGUGACACCAAAGCGAGCAGCUCUGCUAAAUGGAAUUCUACAUUCAGCCUAUAGUGAGACCUUCCUUCUGCCACACUUGAAGGACAUCCCUGCACAGCACAUCGUGCUACUUCUCCAGUAUUUGAAUUUCCUCUACCUCAAGUGUAGUGGGAACGCCGCCAUGACUCUUCCUGGAGUAAACCCUCCAACCCUGAGCCAGAUUAUGGAUUGGAUAUGCCUACUUCUAGAUGCUAAUUUUACUGUUGUCUUAAUGAUACCAGAAGCAAAAAGACUGUUGACUAAUCUUUACAAGUUUGUGAAGUCUCAGAUAUGUGUCUAUUCCGAGCUCAACAAGAUUGAAGUGAGUUUUCGGGAGCUCCAGAAGUUGAAUCAAGAAAAGAACAGUAGAGGACUGUAUUCAAUUGAAGUUCUAGAACUCUUCUGAUAUUAGCAGCUUUGCUUUGUGGAUGUUCUCUGUGAAUACUUCCUAUUCAUCCAGGGGAGAAAGUUUUCUUUGUGACCGUCAGUGUCAUGAAAAGAGUAUCUGUGUACCUGGACUCUUGUGUUGGUCCCCCUAAGUGGGACUGCAGGUUUCCCAGGAGCCCAUUCCCUGGGAGGAGUUUGUGAAUGUUUUUUUAAAUAUGUAACUGAACUGAUUUUAAGUAAACUUAUUUGUAUACUGAUAAAAGCCUAAUUUCUUA